CGGGUCUCUCUCUGUACACGUGCUGCACUGGGGUUCAGUAGUUGAGUGGUUCAGUAGUUGAGGGGUUCAGUAGUUGAGUGGUUCAGUAGUUGAGUGGUUCAGUAGUUGAGGGGUUCAGUAGUUCAGUAGGUUAUGGGUUUGAUCACCGGGCUCCUGGUGUUUCUGUACCACCUCCCGCGGGUGUAUACGUGGCUCCUCAGGCCGUACUACCUGCUGUCCUUCCUCCUGUCCAUCGCUUUUCUGGCGGUGAGGAAAUGUCCGGGCGUGUGUGAGCACUUACCCUCUCAGAGAGAGGACGGAGACUCCUGCAGCUUCGACUGGAGGGAGGUGGAGAUCCUCAUGUUCCUCAGUGCCAUCGUCAUGAUGAAGAACCGCAGAGCAAUUACUCUGGAGCAGCACAUAGGAAACAUUUUUCUCUUCAGUAAGGUGGCGAACAUGGUUCUGUUCUUCAGAGUGGAUCUGAGGUUCGGCCUCGUCUACCUCACGCUCUGUGUUGUGUUCCUGAUCACCUGUAAGCCUCCCAUCUACACCGGCCCCGAGUCCAUCAAGUACUUCAAUGACAAAACCUUAGAUGAGGAGCUGGAGCGAGACGGUCGUGUAACCUGGCUGCUGGAAUUUUACACCAACUGGUCGUCGGAGUGUCAGUGUUUCUCUCCGGUCUUCGCUGAACUGUCACUAAAGUACGUCUGUGCUGGACUGAAAUUUGGGAAGAUUGAUAUUGGGCAGUACCCCGCCGCUGCAGACCGGUACAGAGUAAACCCCUCACCCCUCUCCAAACAGCUGCCCUCUCUGCUGCUGCUGCAGGGCGGCCGCGAGCUCAUGCGGCGCCCCCAGGUGGACAAGAAUGGAAGAGCCGUGAGCUGGAGCUUCACUGAGGAGAACAUCAUCCGUGAGUUUAACCUGAAUGAAAUAUUGGAGAGGUGUAAGAAGCUCGGUAAGGUACGAGGUGAGAAGGUGGAGGAGCUGCGAUCGCUCUCACACCAGGAGGCUGAAGGAGAACAUGUCGAGGAGAUACGGGAGGAGUCUGAGAGCAAAAAGGACAGAUAAACGCCGAGCACCUAGUCAUGACCUGUUCCCAUCCUACAGCGUCCUGUUCCAUACGGUGCUUUGAUCCGCGGGUUUUACAACCAGAUUAAAUAUUUUUGAUUCUUUAAUUCACUAUUUUUUCUCUUCAAAGUUCUGAAAGUUUUUGCUUUAUUUUGGUGUCGAUUCUCUCGUUAUUCUGGGAAAAGAGAUUUCAGGGAUUUAUAAAGAAAAGAGUCACAUUUCACCUCACUCAUUAAAUUUCACUCAUAAACUAAAUGAUAGAAUAAAUAGAAGUUACGAUACACAGCACAGCUACAUUAAUAAUUAAAUGUAAACCCAGAACAUCCAACGACGGUGCGAGGCUUCAUGUUCCAAAUUCCUCCUCCGUGUUUUGCUGGGGACCACGCCCUCUGUGUGAAGUUUAUUUAUUUAUUUAUUAGGAUUAUAACGUGAUGUUUUACACUUUGGUUCCAUUCAUGACAGGACGGGUCGUUACUGCUCACACAAGAUUCAUCAGUUCAGGUUUAAUAUCAAACACAGUCAUGUUACAGCUUAGUGUCUCCAGUUCAACUCACUUACACGCCUCUGUACUGUGGGAGGAAACCGGAGCACCCGGAGGAAACCCACACAGACACGGGGAGAACAUGCAAACUCCACACAGAAAGGACCCGGACCGCCCCACCUGGGGAUCAAACCCAGGACCUUUUUGCUGUCAGGCGACAGUAACACUGACUGAACACUGAGUGCCUGAAUCUUUCCACAACAUUAUGUACGGUAGAUGGUAAAAACACCUUUUCUCCAGGCCACCCAAGAAGGAUGGGCCCUGCUGAGUCUGGUUCCUCUCAAGGUUCUUCCUGUAAUUUUAAGGGAGUUUUUCCUGCCACUGUCGCCCUCGGCUGCUCAACAGGUUUUUGGUCUGUUGGACCUGGAUUCUGUAAAGUUGCUUUGAGACAAUGUCUAUUGUAAAAAGCGCUAUAUAAAUAAAUUUAACUUGACUUAA